GAUGCACAUGCAUUGUUUGGAGCAGGGUGAAUCAGUGACAAAAAACAUUGGCGUUGAUUGUUGGUCGGUUUGAAAUUCGGAGGCUUUGCCACUUUACAGAGACACAUGGCUGACAGAAGAGCUACACCAAUGCUGAUUAUAACUCUUGUAUUGGCAAUACCUCACACUUUUGUGCUGUGCUCUGGGGCAAAUGUUAAAAUUGGUGUUCCUGAAAACUACGAUGGCAUUUUCCCAUGGUACCUAUCUAAGCUUCCUAACCUACCAAGUAAUUACACUGACAUGGUGUUAUCAGGAGAUGAUGAGGGGAUAUUUGGAAUCGAUGGUCAGUUUCUGUACGCUAUAAAACCACUGGACCGAGAGAAACAACCAUCUUACUCUUUGCAGGUGUCUUACAGAUCAUCAGGUGUCCUUCAAAACAUCCGAACUUCAGUGCCUCGCCAGAGCUUUACAGUUGAAGUAUGCGUCAUUGACAAGAACGACAACGUGCCUACUUUCCUAGAGGAGAGCAUGAGAGGCAGCGUGCAGCUGGGGCUUCUAAAAGGGAUCGCGUUCAUGCAAGUGGAGGCGCUGGAUCGGGACGACCGUAACACUCCUCACGCUGAGCUGCGCUUCAGCCUGAUGGAGCAGACGCCAAGGAUUCCCUCCAGCCAGAUGUUCUUCAUCGACUCCAUCACCGGAGAGGUUUCCCUCACUGACGAAGGAGCCUCUGCUCUGGACCCAGAGAUGUGUGGCCGUUACAAGCUCUUAGUGAUGGUGAAGGACAUGGCCGGGAAGACAAAUGCUUUCUUCACCACUGGCAUUGUCACUGUUGAGGUGACUGGAAACACGUGGGCGUCACCAGACCCUGUGAGACUUCAGGAGAAUCUCCCAGGCCCUUAUCCCAUUCCCAUAUCACAGGUGAAAUGGAGUGGAAGCCAGGCAGAGUACAGUCUGGAGGGGGAGUUUCCAGAGAUGCUCUUCACAAUCAGCAGAGAAGGAGUCAUUUAUCUCAACGCUCCUCUAGACAGAGAGACACAAGACCAGUUUCAAAUCAGUAUUGUGGUUGAGCGUCCAGAUGGCAGAGAGAUCGCCAAGCCUGUGGAGUUGAGGGUGAUGGUGGGGGACGCCAAUGACAACAGACCCACUUUUCCACAGGCACAGUACCACACUGUGGUCAAGGAACUGGCUCCUCGGGGAACAGAAAUCCUGACUGUGCAGGCAGCCGAUAAUGAUGAUCCCAAGACAGAUAAUGUCCGGAUAUUCUACCGUUUAUUCGGGCAAAUCCCAGAGAGUCCUCGUGCACUUUUCAGAGUGGACCGGGACUCAGGCGUCAUCUCUGUCCAAGCAGACAGCAUGGAGGGCACAGCGCCACAGUACACCCUGACCAUCACUGCUGAGGAUGCCAAAGGUCUAAACAGUUCGUGCACGGUGGUUGUGACGGUGCAGGAUGAAAACAACAACCCACCGGUCUUCUCUCAACAUGAGUAUGGACCCUUUCAUGUGCCAGAAGAUGCCUCGGUAGGCACCACAGUGGCAUCUCUGCUGGCGAGGGAUGCAGAUGUUCGUGGUGGAGACAGCUGGCAGGUGGACUACCGUUUAGAGUCGGGGAACGAGGAGGAGGUCUUUACGUUAGUGAUGGACAAGCAGACCAAUGAGGUCUCACUUGUGCUCUCGAAGGUGUUGGACUUUGAGCGUGAAAGUGAGUACAUACUGGUUCUGGGUGCACAGAAUCCAGUCGCUUUAGUCCGUGGUCGAUAUGGACCUGCUUCCACAGCAACAGUCUCCAUUUAUAUUGAUGAUGUGAAUGAGGGCCCUAUCCUGUCUCAAAGCCAUUAUGAGGUGACCGUCAGAGAAGGGGAGGAACCAGGCCGGGUCAUUGCCACCAUCCGAGGUUACGACCCAGAUUCUCACCCGAUAAGAUAUUCCCUUCAAGGGGAUACCAAGAAAUACUUCUCAAUAGGGAAAUAUUCUGGUGAACUAAAGACGGUGCAGGCCUUGGACAGAGAAGAGAACAGCACUUACACCAUGGAGGUCAUUGCAGUGGAUGGGCGAAACUCUUCUUUAUCUGCAUCCACCCUGGUAACUGUCCAUAUCCUGGAUGUAAAUGAUAAUAGUCCGGUGCUGGUUGGAGACUAUUCCUGGAAGUACCUGUGUACCCCUCGGUGGGAGGACCAAGCUCUGGUACUUGCUUCACGCGACAGCGAUGGACCACAGCAUGGAGGGCGACUCAAUUUCUCUCUCCGCAGUGAUGCCACUGUUCGACGUAACUGGAAGCUGACACCUAUUAAUGACACACACACUAAUCUGUCACUGAACAUCCCAUACCUGGCCCCAGAGGUCUACACUGUGCCCUUCACCAUCUCUGACAGCAGCUCUCCUCCCAGGAGCACCUUCAUAAACUUGCCAGUGACAGUGUGUCCGUGCAACAUCAGAGGGAACUGCAAAAUCGCUGCUAAGCCCUUGCAGGGCAUGCCAACUAUUCAGUCUGCUGUGGGGAUUCUUUUUGGCACCUUUGCAGUCAUAGGAACCAUCCUCAUUGUGAUAUUUGUGAGGCUUUCCUACCAGAACCCCAAAGAGCCAAGCAAAACUAAUCAGGAAAGAGUUCCCUUGAAGAUUUCAAUCUGAUUUGCAAGAUUAUUACAUAUUGCUAUUUACUAUCUGUUAUUUUACAUCACAGUGAAGCAAUGCUGCAUUCACUUACAUGUGAAUGUCUAAAACUAAUCUAUAGUUUGGUCAUUUGACCAAAAGAAUGGGACAUCUAUUUUUGUUUAGACUAGGAUAUAUCAUAUAUCAUUGUUUUCAGUUUAUUUCUGUUGCUAUAGUUCUCAAUCUGUUUCUUAUAUUGUAUAUAUUUUCUACAACAGCACAAGGACGAUGGUUAAGAAAAAUGUAAAGAACAAACGUGUAUUUUAAGAAUGAAAGCAUUAUUUCAACAUAGACAAAGAAAAAAAUCAUAUCAUUAUAAAGGCGAUGUUUUACUUUUCAAUAACCUACCCUCUACUUUGCUGUUUGUGACACUGCAUGUACCUGUAAAUCAUUUAUGCUGAACACAUCAGGUAGUUAAAACAUUAUACCUUUUUUUCUCUGUAUGCUAAUGAUCAUAAACGUAUCAUAAACUGUUGCCAAAAGAUUGUUUAUUUAGAAAUCACAAGGAAAAUGUGCAUAAAUACUGUGAAUGUAUCUAAUUUUACACACCAGUAGAAUAAACAUAUGCUAAAA